GAACGUGCGCACUUAACCACUGCGCCACCGGCAGGCCCCAGACACCUAAUUUUUGUUAGACUCUAGCAUCAACAAAAAUUACAUGGGAGAAAAACAUAGAAAAAAUUCUAUCCGUUAAAACAUUUCUGCAAACCAGGAAAAGACCACCUUUAAAAGUUCUUUAAAGAAAGAAACACGGGUAUUCCAUGGGAGGAGAAUUUGAAAUGCGAAGAUGAGCGUUCAAUUUCCUCAUAUUGAGCCAAGAACCAGAGGCCAGAAAAGGGAAGUCUUUUUGCCCAAGUCAUUCAGCCAAUCCGUAGUGGUGGUGAUGAGCCCUGCAUCCUUUCCACUCACCCGACUCCACACUGUCUUCAAUAACUGCAAAAUAUUUUAACUGAAGACACUGUGCCAUCUCCAGGGCUCUCCUAAAUUACCUGAGGAGGAUGACCUGCACUGGAAAGACUGGUCAGCGCUCCCCCAAGUCUGACCUAGGCGCCAGCCGCCUUGAACAGGAUUGCAGCACGCCGAUCCCCCAGCUUCUGCAGUUCUGGGCGGAGGAGCCUACUAGGGCGGUUCUUCCGCCAACACCCCACCUUCCGGAGCCUGGCCCGGCCGGCCCAGCCCCGCCGCUGUGGCCCAGUUCCUGGCGGCAGGCCGGGCCUACCCAGUCGGCCCCCAGCGCGGGGCGAGCGGGGAGCCGCCGGCGGACGCCACGCCCACGAGGGCAGCUCACAGAGGUGGUCAGACAGCCUGCGGGGAGCGGCGUCCGUGGGCGGCAGAAUUUCGAAGAUGUCCGAUGUAAAUGUAUCUGUCCUCCCUAUAAAGAUAAUUCUGGACAUAUUUAUAAUAAGAACAUAUCCCAAAAAGAUUGCGAUUGCCUUCAUGUUGUGGAUCCCAUGCCUGUGCGGGGGCCUGACGUAGAGGCAUACUGUCUACGCUGUGAAUGCAAAUAUGAGGAAAGAAGUUCUGUUACAAUCAAGGUUACUAUUAUAAUUUAUCUCUCCAUUUUGGGCCUUCUACUUCUGUACAUGGUGUAUCUUACUCUGGUGGAGCCCAUACUGAAGAGACGCCUGUUUGGACACUCACAAUUGAUACAGAGCGAUGACGAUGUUGGGGAUCACCAGCCUUUUGCAAACGCCCAUGAUGUGCUGGCUCGUUCCCGCAGUCGAGCCAAUGUGCUAAAUAAGGUAGAGUAUGCCCAGCAGCGCUGGAAGCUUCAAGUUCAAGAGCAGCGAAAAUCCGUCUUUGACCGUCAUGUCGUCCUCAGCUAAUUGGGAAUCAAAUUCAAGGUGACUAGAAGGAAACGAGGCAGAUGGAAAAAAAUUGACUGAGUUUUCCUGGGUUUUGUUUUAAUACCUUCUUGAUUUCACCAACUCCUGCUGGAAAAUUCAAAACUAGAAACAAAAACGUGCUUGGCAUUUUCUUUUCUUGUUAAUGUAUUAAUAGAGACAUUUUUAAAAGCACACACCUCAAAGUCAGCCAAUAAAUCCUUUCCUGUUUGUGACUUUUACUAAUAAAAAUAAGUCUGCCUGUAAAUUAUCUUAAGUCCUUUACCUGGAACAAGUGCUCUCUUUUUUACCACACAGUUUUAACUUGGUUUUCAAGAUAAUUUUCAGGUGGGUUUUGUUUUGGUUUCUUUUUUGGCAGGGGGGAGAGGGAUGCGUGGGAAGUGCUGAACAUAACUUUUCGCAAGUCACUUUAGUAAACAGCUUUUGUAAAUAGACUUUACUUUCUAUUUUCAAGCUUCAUUUAUAUUUUGCAGCAUAGCCAGCCUCAUCAAAGCCCUGACUUACCCAUUUGAAUUUUGCACUGACUGUAUUGUCUAGGUAUCUGGUUGGCCUCUGGCUGCACUUCCUGGUAAACUGAAUCCGAAAUGCCUGGUGGCUCUUCACAAAAUGCCGAUUUUCUUCUUGUACUGUGAUGUCUGAUGCAAUGCAUCCUAGGACAAACUGGCCAUUUGCUAGUUUACUCUAACGACUAAACAGUCUUGAUGUGUGUGGUCUUUCUCAUCUUCGUCUAGUAUCUUUAAGGACGAAUCCUAAGGACUUGGACAUUUGCAAUAAAGAAAUUUUCUUUUGAACCCAAGCCUCCCUGGAUUGAUGACAUACACAUAUUUGUCAGCAUUUCCGGUCAGGUUGAGAGGCAGCUGCUUGAGCUCUAGUGUGUGCAGCUUUGAACUAGGACUGGAGUUCUAGGUGCCUCCCUCUGAAAGGUAUAACAGUUAUUGGAUAACUGGCUUUUUUCUUCCUAUGUCCUCUUUGGAA